AGAUGACGGUUGUACCGGAAUUUAGCAGUCUACCUUUCCAUUCGCCAUCUUGUACAAGGGAAGGUCAAACUUUUGGACAGGAUGCCUAAAGCUAAAAAGAGGAAAGUGGCUUCAGGUGAUGAAGCGUCAGUCCCUACAUCAAGUACAUGUAAUGUCAUCCAGUUGUCUGAUCAGCAGUUGGACCAAGUGGCGGAAAAAGUUGCUGAAAAAAUGCAUGUCCCUCAGCAGAUACAGCAUGGGGCUGAACAAAUUGAUGACACUAUGUCAGGUGAGCCUUCUUUAGAAGACAAUCUAGGGGUUCAUUUGAGUAAUGGGACUAAAACAAAAAUUAUUAAUGGAGAGUUUGUCGAGUUACAUACACUUUUACCCUCUAAUAAGGACUCAGAUGACAAGCAAGUUGUUGUUAUUGAUGGCAAUAUUCUAGUAAAAGAGAAAGUGACUAAAUCUUCCUUAGAUAUUCAUGCUUGGACAGAUGCCUUUUUGAUUUAUGCUUCCGUCUACAGUUCGGUACAUUGCAAUGAAAGCCAGGGUCUCUUAAAAUACAUGUACAAUGUUCGUUUGGCAGCUUCACGAGUCAUGGGUAAAGGUUGGCUAAGCUACGAUGAACAGUUUAGGCACAAAAAGGCUCGUAACCCAUCAUUGCCAUGGUUUAAAGUUGACCAGGAAUUGUGGUUAUUGUAUGUUUACAAUAGUCGUAGCUCCUCUCAAGUUAAAAGUUCUCCUAAUCAGAUUAAGAAGUGUUAUGACUUUAAUUUCAAAGGCUUUUGCAAUAAAGCACCUUGCAAUUAUUUUCAUUUAUGUAUACUCUGUAGCAAAUCUCAUCCAAGUAAAUCUUGUAAAUUGAAAUUAAACAGACCAAAUGUUUCUAGUAGCAGGUCAAGUCCUAAUCAAGGAGCUAGAGCAAGUGGAAGUAACAGCUUCGUCCCUUGGUCUGGCAAAGUCGCCAAUUAAUCUUAAGGUUCUACAAGAUUUUUUAGCAGAGUAUCCAAACAAGACGGAUGCUGAACUUUUAAGAAAUGGUUUUAUGUUUGGUUUUAAACUUAUGUAUGAGGGGCCCAGAGUUGAGUCCUCUUGUCACAAUUUAAAGUCAGUAAUUCAAAAUCCAAAUGAGGCAGUUAAUAAGAUUAUGAAAGAAGUCAGAGCAGGGCGAAUAGCGGGCCCUUUUAAAGAGAGGCCUUUAAAAAAUCUAAGGUUAUCACCAAUUGGCCUUGUUCCAAAAAAGAACGGAUCAUGGCGUUUGAUUCAUCACUUAUCUUUUCCAAAGGGUUCAAGUUUAAAUGAUUAUAUAGAUGACACAUUAUGUUCAGUUAAGUACACCUCUCUUGAUAAAGUCAUUGAUUCUCUCAGUUUACUAGGAUGUAAUACAUUACUUGGAAAAAUUGACAUAGAGAAUGCAUUUAGGAUUUUACCUAUACAUCCUAAUGAUUUUAGCUUACUAGGCUUUACUCUGAAUGGUUUUUAUUUUAUCGAUAAAUGUUUACCUAUGGGGUGUUCUUUGUCAUGUGCUCUAUUUGAAAAGUUUGCAAAAUUCUUAGAAUGGUUGGUAAUGGCUAAGGCUCCAAAUGGCAUAGUCCACCAUUAUUUGGAUGAUUUUAUUUUCAUGGGAAAACCUGACACCAGUGACUGUAUGAAUCUCAUGAAUGCAUUUUUAGGUAUUUGUAAGGCUUUAGGAGUACCUUUAGCUGAUGAUAAGACAGUUUGGCCAAGUAAAGUUCUCGUGUUUUUGGGUUUUGAGCUAAAUUCAAUUCUGAUGCAACUUCGAAUACCGCCAGAGAAACUGGUAAAGCUUUCGGAGUUGCUAAUCCUAUUCCUUAAGAAAAAAAAGACAACAUUACAGGAAUUUCAAUCCCUCAUAGGUUUAUUAGAUUUCUGUGCAAGGGCAAUACCUUGCUCUAGGGCAUUUAACAGACGUUUCUAUGAUGCUACAUGUGGCAUUUUAAAGCCAAACCAUCAUUUAAGACUUACACACUCAAUCAAAGAGGAUUUAAAAAUGUGGCUUUUCUUCAUUGAUUUUUUCAAUGGGUCUUGCAUUUUUCCAGAGUUAAAUUGGUCCGAUAAUUCUGUGUUACAAUUAUAUACAGACAGCUCAGGCACAUUAAGUUUAGGUUGUGCCGCAAUGUUUGGCAAGCAUUGGGUGUUCAUGCAAUGGCCAAAAAAGUGGUGCAAGUCACCAAUCAUGGCUGAUCUGUCAUUUCUAGAAUUUGUUCCCAUAGAGAAUAAAUGAAAUUG